GAGAGCUAAUGAUACUGUCUUAGUGAAAUUCAAAUGUCUCAAUUCCCCAACGAUCGAACCAAAGACUCGAGUUCCUUUUGGAUAUCCCUCUUGAUCAAUAACAACUGCUGCAUUGUCAUUAUAUCACAUUAUUAUACCGUUGUCACGUUUGAGUUCUUUACAUGUUCGUACAAUUACAGCUCUGAUCACUUCUGAUCUUUCCAGGGGCAUAUUGGGUACUGCGUCUUUGAUUACAGCAACAAUAAUGUCACCAAUAUGAGCAUUUCGGUAGUUACUAGCUCCUACGAUUGGAAUACACAUCAAUUCUCGAGCCUCGCUGUUGUCCGCUACAUUCAAAUGGGUCAUGGACAAUACAAGAUGACUCAUGGGGCAUACUCCAAGCCCUAUACCCAGGUUUCUCAUAGACAAAAUAACAGAAAAAUGUCUUCUUUAAUGGUUUUAUUAUUGUGCGCAACGAUGGAAAAGGCUUUAACGGCGAUGAUAACACCGGCUGCUGCUGCAUCAUCGUCAAAGAAGCGCACAGCCACUGUUGCUGGCCAUGAUAAUGAUGAUGCACAAUCCAAUUCACAAAAAAAAGGAGGAGAAGAAAGGUCUCUGAGUCUCAACAAAGACUCCAUCCUCACCCACUUUCUUUCUCACCACCCUGCAACUGAGGCUUUGAACGAUAAGCAGCUGUGGAUGAUGGGUGCCCUCAUCCGACAUAUAAGCUACUGCCACAAUGAUCCCCUCCAUCUACAAGCCAUCUUAAACCUUUUCUCUGAGUACUACUCUGCACAGCCACUAGGAGGAGGUGAAGAUGCACCUCCUCUUAUUGUUUCCACUGCCAAAACCAUCAUUCAUCUCUUAUCGCAUAAGAAGAGGAGCAACAAUGGCAGCUCCAACUAUGAUGAUAUGAGGAGCAGGUUGAAAGCACAAGCCCUGAGUGUGCUUCUAUUGUUGACUCAGGGGCAGAGCCUCCCUUUUGAAGUGCUGGCUCAAGUGGAAGACGCGAUCCUUGCACUGCUGUCCUCCAGCUUGGCUACAAGUGUUAGGGUUAGGGCUUUGAAUCUGCUGGCUGCCAUGGCUGUUAAGAGAAGGAUGAUGAAAGGGUCAUCUGAUGAUGAUGGAUGUGAGUUUCGCAUAUUGUUGGCAUUCUGUGAUGAUCUUUAUCCAUCUGUGAGGAAAGCUGCCUUUGAAGGGUUGAUGGCAGUUGUUGGUGAGGAGAGUUGGGAGUUAUUAUCGUUGAGGAACAAUGGUCAUCUCGCCCUUGCGCUUCUAAAGGAUGAGGAUGAGAUCAUUAGGUUAUAUGUGGUUCGAAUGAUUAGCAGUUGGAAAGGAAUGUUGGGAGGAAAUGAUGAAGCUUAUGUGGGACAACUUGAUGAAGCUUUUCUACAGCUUUGUUUACUGUCGAGGGAUAUAAGUAAGGAGGUCAGAUGUGAAGCUCUUCUUGCUCUUGGAAGAAUGAAGUUGGUAUCUGAGGAUAUUCUUCUACAAUCUCUGACCAAAAAAAUUCUGGAAGUUAAAAGUGGGAUAGUGCAUCAAUCUUGGAGGCGAGGAUUGGUAUCAAGUGCAGCUGGAGCCUUUAUUCAUGGGCUGGAGGAUGAAUUCUUUGAGGUAAGAAGAGCUGCAUGCGUUUCCUUGGUGAGGCUGUCCAGCCUCUCUCGGCGGUUUGCUCAUGAUGCCCUGAACUUGCUGAUGGACAUGUUGAAUGAUGACUCCAUGGUAGUACGAUUGCAUACUCUACAGGCACUGUCUCAAAUGGCAGUCCUUGAUUGCUUGACGGUUCAGGAGAAACAUAUGCACAUGUUUCUCGGGAUGCUGGUGGAUAAUAAUCCUUCAAUCAGAUGUGAAACAAGAAAACUACUCCGCAAAAUGAAACUGCCUGAUCUAAAAGUGUUCAAAACCUCAGUUCAAGGACUUCUUAUGAAUUUGGAAAGGUAUCCAGAGGAUGAACCAGAUAUCCUUUCUGUUAUAUAUUAUGUUGGGAAAAGUCAUAAAAAACUUUCAAUCUACUUUGCAAAAGAGUUUGCUCAGGAGAUAGAACCAUCUUGUGAAGGAGAACUGAAACUAGAUAAACCACAUGUAGCAGCACUUUUUGUUUUGAUUGUCACAGUUCCUCUCUCAAAUGAAAGGAUUCUAGAAUUUCCAACCAAGAUUUUCUCCUAUGGGCUUAGUCUCCUUGGUAAAAUCUCUUCCUUAGAAGAUGGUAUAUACCAAGAAGUACUUUCUGGGUGUUUGAAGUGUAUGGAACACAUUGUGAUGUGCUCUGUAGCGUUGGACACGGUGCACGCAGAGGAUGCUGGCAUACUGCAUGAUAUAUCUAUGGAUGACAAGAGAGAGAAUUUGCUGGCAGAAACCAAGGUUGUAAAAUCUGAAGUUCAAUUUCAAAAGACAGUAUUGGAUCUUCAGCAUAUGGUAUCUAUUGCAAAGGGAAUCCGAGAUACAAGGGCUUUUGAGCCUGAAGAAGCAACUAGGGUGGUAAAACAUGUGCUGGAUACAGUGGUUGGAACGUGGCCUUUGAUCCAAGCAAGGUCUCUCAAUAAAGCAUUGAAGAUACUGAGAACCUGCCAGGAAGAGCUGCAGAUGACGAGCUGUGGCUCCUCUGAAUCUAUCAUUGAUGUGUUGGUCUUUGCUUCUCAAUACGUGGAGGCUGUAAUGCUGCUAGCUCAAAUAUGGACAUGUUUGUCAGCGAGCAAGCUUCAUGCCGAAGGAAAACAUACGGUCGAUAUUUCAUUAGGGGAGUUGGACUCAAUUUUAAAAAGAAUGAGAUACUGCUUUCUGGGUUUAACUAGAGAAGAAGAACUCCAUCUUUUAGAGCUUAUACUGCUGAGUUAUGUUUUAAGGCUGUCAAGUGGUGGAUCUUUUACCCAUCUUACCUUGAGCAGAUUGCAGGAAACAGUAUCUUAUGUUGCACAGCUUCAUGAUGGGCCCUCAGAAGUAUCUCAUUUCAUGCGAGAACUCAAACUGGCAUUUUGUCAAGGAAGUGAGAAAGAGCAAGCUGUAGUUUCUUCUUGCCCCUUCCCUGUAAAUAAGCUGCUUGAAUUAUUCUCUCUCAGACCUAUUCCCUUCAGUGGAAUCAUGAAACACAUCAGAGCCGAUAUGCACAUACUGGACAACGAUUCUGAAAAUCCAAUCCCCUUCAUUCCUGGACUGCCUGUGGCUAUCACCUACCAAAUCAGUCUAUUCAACGUUUCACCGAAUGAAGGCAAAGGAGUCUGGCUCCAAAUGGUUUUGGGAGAAUCAGUCCAACACAACUUUUUGGAUUUAUGUCAGUUUGGGGGUUCUGAUCAGUUGCGAUACAUCGCUGCAAAUAUACCAUUUUAUCAACCCCCAAAAGCAGCAUCCUUCUCAAUGAGAGCUUCUGUUAUGAUGGAAUCCUCAUCUGAGUGUCUUGUCAAUGUCACCAAGGAUUGGGCUGCUACUGGUCCAAAGCAUGAGCUGAUAUGUCUGUGUGCUGAGGUGAAGGUUUAUCUUGCUAUGAAGACGGGAUGCAACAGGUGAUUUCUUUGGAAUUCCUCUACCAGUUCCCUGGCCUUUCUUAUAGAUAUUAACUACUGCCUGGUGCUAUAGUUGAUUUAUUCAGUUGUUGUGGGGGCACUCAACUGUCCAUGGAAGUGCCAGUUUCGGAUGCAGCUGCCAAAGCUCGUGACUCCCAUUUGCUUCGUGAAAAAGGUCUUUGCCCAUCAUCGUUUUUUUGGCAUGGAGAGAAGGGGUGAUAAGAGUGGUGAGGUCGAGAGGGGUAUAGGUCUGAAUUGAUCUGAAGGAGUUUUUGGCAAAGAAAAGAUAGUUCGAUUUGAAUUUGAAGUUUAUGAGAGAGCAAAGGAGACGGAUUAGGCAGAGAGAUAAUAGAGAACAGAAAUUUUCUGUUUUCAAGCGGCCUAUGGCUGAGUCAUCUUAAACAACCUGGAAAGGCAUAGUUCAUAGUAAUUUUUUUUGAAUAUGUUGACUGUAUUGAACAGAAAGUGAGAGGAGAGGGGGCAGGAUACCCACAGACAGGUUCCGCCCAAAAAAUAAGCUGCCCACAAACGGGUGCCACCAGGGUGUAUCAAAAAAGCUUUACAUGAAUUGAGCUAUUUAUUUAAGGAAAGUAUACAAUGAGAUCAUUAUCUUUGGUACA